CGGCAGCCAUUUUAAUGUAGUCUGUGUGGCUUGGCUGCACUUAAUGAAACGCAGGAGACAGGAAGGCAGCAGGUUCUUUAAAUCUGAUUAAUUAUAUAUAUAUCGUAUAUAUAUAUAUAUAUAUUCCGUACUUUGGGAACGUCGUAUCACCUCUUGCUUACACUAUUAAUGUACGAGUGCUGCACGGCUUGACAGCUUGGAUUCGCGCAAGGAGAGAAGGAAACAUCACGGACAGGAGGCCUUUAUGAAGCUCAUUUGUUGGUAAAUGCCAUGAAUUGUGAAGGAAAGGCUGUAGAGAAGGCAGUCCAAUCUUGGUCCAGGUUUGCCUCUGCUGGACAGGCAGCUCUUGUUGAAGCACUGCGGGUUUUCAGUCCCAUGUCCAAGGACUUUUUGGACACGGAGACGCAGCUGGUGUCCUUUCUGCAGGGCCUGAGAGAGGAGGGCCACAAGCCCACCGUACUGAGGAGCAAAGAUGUUUACGGCUAUAGCUCCUGCACAGCUGAACCCCUCCCCACGGUCAGGAUCCCCAAACCUCUGGAUGCUUCCCGAGUCCCCAAAGCACAGAGGCCGAUGCGGAGGCGUGGCAGGAAGCCAGGCGCCAAGAAGAAGGAGAUGAACUACGCCCUGCUGAGCACUGCAGCCAAGAUCAUCCUCAAGAACCAGCCCAAGAUCCUCCUGACUAACCUCUCCCAGGAGUCCCUCCACCAGCCCCCUGUCUUGACUGUGAGGCCGGCCCAGGUGCAGUCCUGUUUGAAACUGACAAACAUGACGGGCCCCUCCUCAGGCCACACGGCCCGGCUGCAGGUCCACACUGGACUGGGGCAGCGGGGCGUAGCCGUGACCACGCCUCUCCGGCCGCCAUCGCUGUCUGGGAUACCGCUGCAGACCUCUGAGCACUCUGCUAAAGUGCCGAAAGCCGUCGCUUUGAAGAAAUCUGCGGUUAUUUCCUGUCCGGUUAAGAUGGGCGUGGCCCUUAUCGGAGACUCGGCCCCUGUAGUCCCGGAGAAUGGCAGGGUACUGAAGGAAAGCAACAAAUACAUAAUGGCUCCUGUGAGGAUGGGCAAAGUGAAAGGGGCCAAUAAGUUGAUGUGGAGGAACAGGAGCACAGUCAGGACUCUGAAAAGGAGGCUGUCAGAGGAGCCCGAAGAAAAGAUGAGGAAGAGGGUGAGGAAGAGCGUCUGGGUCAUGAAGGGUCAGGACGACUCUCGGCUGACCAAGAACAACCUGAGGUUCAAGGUGAUUAAAGUGGAUGACUCCUUCACAGACGAGGAAGUCAGGAGAAAAGCCCAGAAAAUUUUACGGGUAAAUUUAUCACCUGUAAUAGAGAUUCAGCCACUUCUUCCUUAUCCUGUAUAAAGGACAACUCUUUACUAGAGGACCUGCAUGAUCCCACAACCUUUUUCCAUUUUUUACUUUUUAUACAGACAUGUUGCUGAGCCUAAACUUGCCAGUAUGGAAGUAUUUUUGACUGGUAAAGUUACUAAAUUUCUUUCUGAGGAUAAGGGAUCUCAUCUAGCACAAAGAAUUCAGCCUACUUUGGUGAUAUUCCUGCUGUAGGGAGGAGUCCGUAUCCUGAUGCCUUGCAGGGUGGUGCUGUGGAGGUUUUUGUUGAAUAUGGUGCAGAUUUGAGCUUGAAAGCUUUCUAAGAUAAUGCACUGUGAAAUGCCAUUUUCAUCCAGUUUGUUGAGGAAAACUAUAUUUGAUAGAAGCCAUGCCACAUUACUAUGCAGUAUCCAUAUAAAUGUUUUUCUUUCAUACAGUAAAGUAACUUAUUUCUAACCACAGUACUUUCUCAUGAAUAUUGGAUAUUUGGGACCAUAUCCUACAGAAAGUGUACUGUUAAGGAUUUUUUAAAUAUGUCAUUUCUUUGCUAUACCGUCAUGUUUCAUUUUGUGUUUUAAAAAAUUCAUAUUACGGAUAUUAAGGGGAGUGCAGCAUUAAGAGAACAGUGCCUCUGAAGUUAAUUAUAGGCUUUUAUCCCAUUUUUGUAUUCAGUUUGGGAUCCAUUUUGAUAUGAAUCUUGAUCUUACCAAAUGAUUCAGAAAAGGAGUUUGCUGAAUGUAAGCACUUUUGUAUGGUAAACAAACCCAUUCAUUUUUCAGCAGGACUAAUCGCCUUAUUAUUUUGCACAGAAACCGAACUGUAGUCUUCUUUAUAGUGCAUCAGAGUGUGUGUGGGGGGGGGGGGGGCGGUUUGUCCCGUGCAGGGUCACGUGUAGUCACCCUGUUUUGGGACUGCCCUGACAUUUUGGGCUUAUUUCCAUUUAGUUUUUUAUUUUUUAUAGGAUACUCUGCUCCAUUUCUGAGAUUCUCUAUUUCACUCUUAAGAACUGUAUCAUUCCUAUGUGCACCUGUACUUUUGAUUUUAUAAUGUCCUCUUGUUAAAAUUUUUAUUAUUAUUUAUGUAGGUUUAUUAGAAUUUGCAUUUUAAUUAAGCAAAUGAAAGAUUUGUGGAUCUUCAAAGACUAGCGUUUGAUUGGAACUUUGACUUUAUUACCCAAACUGCGUAUGUGAGGCCUGUAUGCCUCUCACUGGCCAUUUUGGAUCCGGACUCGGACGGGACGGGACGGGACGGGACCACCAGAACUCCCACUGUGGCACUUUCCUUUCAUGUUCGGAGACUUACUGAGGCCACACAUGCCGUGACGGAGCGCUUUGGGGUUUUUUCCCUUUAUUUAAAAUAUUGACUAAUGGUUUUCAUUUGUGUUCUGACUGAAAUGAGUUUUAUUAUUAAUUUAGUUUUUGUACAAAUGGCAUCCAACACUUCAAAAUGUUACUCUGUGAACAGUGUUGAUUAAAUGCAUUAAUAAAUAUGUAUUGUCA